AUGGCCAACAACAGAGAACGUCUUGAUUACCUUGAAACGAGUAUGGGUAUGGUUCAAGAUGAACUAAUCAAACUCACCACCGGCGUCAACGACAAGAUUCGGGGUUUGGAGGACUCUUUCCAACGUACAAUGGCAGAGUCAAUCAAAGAACUGCGAGGGCUUGUCUUAGGCAAUCGCGAAACCGAAUCCAGCACGUCACAAGUACCACCGCGACACGACAUACCACCACCUAUUUCCACCCGCACCGACGAUAUCAACCCUUUUGGGGUCGCUCCUAGCAACUGUCGCCAUGUUAAGCUCGAGCUUCCUCGAUUCAGCGAAGGAGAUCCGACAGAAUGGCUCACCAAGGCUACUCAAUACUUCGCCUACCACGAGAUCACAGGCAACCAACGAGUAAGCUUCGCCUCCUAUCACCUUACGGAGGAAGCAAACGAGUGGUGGCAUACGACUGUUCGAGCCCUGGGCGUGGAUCAGACGCUUAUCUCAUGGGACACGUUCGAAGGAAAAUUGUGGACGAGGUUUGGUCCGACUCGUAUCACAAAUUUCCAUGAGGAGCUCUCAAAGAUCCGUCAGACAGGGACGUUUCGAGAAUAUCAACGUGCCUUCGAAAGACUCCGCAACAAGGAUUCAAACUGGUCGGAGGAAGCACUCGUUGGAACAUUCCUCGGCGGCCUUCACCACUCCAUCGCUGAUGAUGUCCGCAUGUUUCAGCCAAAGACUCUGCAAGAGGUCAUGAACCUAGCUCGCAUGAAAGAUGAUCAGUUGCAGAAACAGAAACGAUUCACACCCAAGAGUCAAUCCUUCUCAACGCCUAGCACCCGAACAUCCGUCUCUCAAACCACCACACCACCAACUGUGCAAACGCCUCGCAAACUCAGCUGGGAGGAGAUGUGGAGAAAGCGCAGUCUGGGCCUCUGUUUCAGUUGCGACGAAAAGAUCGACGAUGCAGAUUCUGAUGAAGCAGACACAGAGGAAGACAAUUCUACACCCGAGAUUACUCUCAAUGCCCUCACCGGCUGGGAUUCUCCAACAACAAUGCGCCUCCUCGCCGUCGUCAACAAUCACAACCUCCACGCUCUUGUCGAUAGUGGCUCUACACAUAAUUUCAUCAGCGAGAAAAUUGCCUCCGAAUUGCGAUUACCAGAGACACUAACCAAACCGUUUGAUGUUCGUGUUGCUAAUGGUACUCCACUCCGAUGUCGCCGGAGAUUCGAUGCUGUCAAAAUUAAGAUCGGCGGUGCUCAGUUCCAGAUUACUCUCUACGCUCUUCCUUUAGUGGGCCUCGACUUGGUACUGGGAAUCCAAUGGCUGCAAAGUCUUGGACCUAUCCUUAUGGAUUGGAAGGCCCAAACGUUGCAGUUAACUUGGGAAGGAGAUACCCAUAUCCUAACUGGGCUUCAUCAAAACAAAAUCAGGCCCACCACAAGAGAGGAAAUUGCGAAAGAGGCCCGCCAAGGUCAUCUUCUCUUUGCGCUGUGUUCGACGGAAAACUCUUCGACACCGAAAGAACUCAACGACGACAUACGCGUGCUUUUGGAUGAAUUCAACGGAAUUUUCAAGACACCGGACGGUCUCCCUCCCCUCCGCGAUAUCGAGCAUAGCAUUACCCUCAAGGAAGGAACUAACCCUAUCAACGUCCGCCCUUAUCGCUACGCCUAUUUCCAGAAAGACGAGAUCGAGCGACAGGUUAAUGAGAUGCUCCAAGCAGGCAUAAUCGGAACCAGUUCCAGCCCCUUCUCCUCCCCUGUACUCCUCGUGAAGAAGAAAGAUGGGUCAUGGAGGUUCUGUACCGAUUACAGAGCACUCAACUCUGCCACCAUCAAAGAUCGUUUUCCAAUUCCUACGGUGGAGGAUAUGCUCAAUGAACUACACGGUUCGGCUUACUUCACUAAACUGGAUCUUACCGCCGGCUUCCACCAGGUACGAAUGAGCUCUGCUGACAUUCACAAAACGGCGUUUCGAACCCAUCACGGUCACUUUGAAUACCUCGUCAUGCCUUUCGGCCUCUGCAACGCACCAUCGACGUUCCAGGCGCUCAUGAAUGACAUCUUCAGACCUUACAUGCGCAAGUUUGUGCUCGUCUUUUUUGACGAUAUACUCGUCUAUAGCCCAACGUGGGAAGCACACUUGCAGCACGUUCGAGAGGUACUAAGCUUAAUCCAACAUCACAAGCUUUCUGUCAAAUUUAAGAAAUGUGAAUUUGGAAAAAGAGAGCUCGAGUACCUUGGCCACAUCAUCUCCAACACAGGCGUGACAGUGGACCAGUCUAAGGUGCAAGCAAUGACGGAUUGGCAGGUUCCCACAUCAGUUACUGAUCUCCGAGGCUUCCUUGGCCUCACUGGUUAUUACCGCAAGUUCGUACGUGACUAUGGGUUGAUCGCAAGGCCACUUACCAACCUACUUCGCAAAGUUAAAUUCAUAUGGAGCCCUCAAGCAGACACAGCCUUCAACAACUUGAAAGAGGCAUUAACAACUACUCCUACGUUGGCUCUUCCCGACUUCUCCAAACCUUUUGUGAUCGAGACUGACGCCUCCGGUGAGGGGAUUGGUGCAGUUCUUUCUCAGAACGGGCAGCCUAUUGCCUUUAUGAGUCGGUCUUUGGGUGUUACAAAGAAGGCAUGGUCAACUUACGCAAGGGAGAUGUUGGCGAUUAUCAUAGCUAUUCGAACAUGGAGACCUUAUUUGUUGGGGCGCAAAUUCACUAUUCAGACAGACCAGAGGAGCCUACGAUAUAUGCUGGAGCAGCAUAUUCUUACACCAGAACAACAGAAGUGGAUGUCUAAACUUGUUGGGUAUGAUUAUGACAUUAGGCAUGUUUGUUUCUCCAUCCGGAUGAGCCAUUUGGAUGAAGAUGAGACAUUGGGUGGUCAUUCUGGUUUCUUACGCACGUUCAAAAGACUAUCUCACCACUUCUAUUGGCCUUCGAUGCACACGACAGAGGUCGACUACAUUUCUCACUGUGAUACUUGCCAGCGAGCCAAGUCACAAACAAUGUCACCAGCAGGCCUCCUCCAGCCACUCCCUGUUCCCGAACAGAUUUGGGAAGAUAUCUCCAUGGACUUCGUCGACGGUUUGCCUCGUUCUGGUUCUUUAACGUCAAUCAUGGUCUUCGUCAACAGACUUAGUAAGUCAGCUCAUCUCAUACCAUUAUCUCACCCUUACACUGCCUCCAUCGUUGCUACACAGUUCAUCGCCAACAUUGUCAAAUUACACGGCCCGCCUAGGACAAUACUCAGCGACCGAGACCCGAUCUUCCUCAGCCACUUCUGGAAGGAAUUAUGGCGACUCUCAGGUACAACACUUCAGAUGUCUACCGCCUAUCACCCUCAGACGGACGGCCAGACAGAGGUGGUGAACCGUUGCAUUGAGCAGUAUCUUCGCUGCUUUGUCCAACAACGCCCAACGCACUGGAGUUCUUUCCUUCCAUGGGCUGAAUAUUGGUACAACACCACCUUUCACUCCAGCACCGGUACGACUCCUUUUCAGACUCUUUACGGUCGUCCUCCUCCUGCUAUUCCACGGUAUGAACUUGGCUCAACUCUUGUUGGUGAGAUUGAUGAACAAUUACAGCAUAGGGACGAGCUGCUAGAUGAGCUCAAACAUCACUUGGAAGCUUCAAACAACAGAAUGAAACAGCUUGCUGAUGCACACCGCAGAGACAUUGAGUUCGAGAUAGGAGAUUGGGUUUUCCUGCGCCUCCAACCAUACCGUCAGAAGACUGUUCUCCGCCGCUCAUCACAAAAGCUCUCCCACCGCUACUUUGGCCCAUUUAAAGUCGAAGCCCGAAUUGGAAAAGUCGCUUACCGCCUCGCUCUACCUUCCACCACUCGAAUCCAUCCUGUCUUCCACGUCUCAUUACUAAAGAAACGUGUCGGUACUGAUGAACCCGUUUCAGUUCAACUACCACCAUUGAAGGAAUCUGGUCUCUUACGCCUCACUCCCGCCAAGGUCCUGCAACACCAUACUAUUCAAAAGAAUGGGAAGGAGUUGAUUGAGUUACUAAUCCAAUGGGUUGAUUUGCCUGCUACCGAGGCUACUUGGGAGGACAAGGACCAGAUCACUGCCAGCUUUCCGACAUUCUACAUGAACCUUGAGGACAAGGUUCUUUCUGAGGAUGGGAGUAGGAUACAAGAAGACUCGCUAGUUAACGUUGAAGCGGUGCCAAGGAAAUCAACAAGACUACGUAAGCCAAACAGCAAAUAUCUUUAA